AUGAUUGUAAUUACGAAAGAGAAAAAACAGAACGCGAAGCAACUAUUACCAAAGUGCAAGCACACAUACGAUUACCUUCAGACGUACAUAUAUAUACGCCUUAUACCACAAGUAUCAAACGAAGUUCUCUGGAUAGAUCCCGGUGAAAACAUGUUGGAUAUCAUGGAUACCUAUGAUCAUGAUGAUGCCUAUCAUCGAUUUGGAAAAAAUGAAAACUAUCACAACAGUUCAGUACUAUUGAAUCAAUUCCCGAAAAAGAUGCAAUCUCAACUAUCUCAUCGCAUGUCUGCAAGUGAUCCAUGUCGCGUCUGUGGAUUUGACAAGAACACAGGUCGAAAUUUUGGUGUCAUUACUUGUUCAACAUGCAAAGCUUUCUUCCGGAGAAAUGGCCGAACCGGUUCUGCUUUGCCACCUUGCCGUUUUGGUGGACACUGUCCGGUUAAUGAACGUACAAGGCGACAAUGUCCAACAUGUCGUCUGGCAAAAUGUUUUGCUGUUGGAAUGCAGAAAGAUUUAAUUCGCACUGACGAAGAACGUGCAGCUCGUCUACAGCUUGUUAAAGCUAACCGUUUACAACGACAAGAAAAACUUCUCACAGGUCCCGCACCAGUAUCCGGUGAAAAACAUGGCCGUCGAAUAUUACAUGAUUUAUCUGCAUUGAAUCUGCUCUCCGUGGACAAAUUUUCUUCGCCUUUAUCAUCGAAUGAUUGGAUUCAAAUAACAAAUGUUCGCAGUGCAUACGACCAUUUCUGUUUACAACCUAUUUUGCAAGCCGAUGAGCAACGCGAAGAAUACUUAUCUGGUCAACCAAUCAAAUGCCGUUUGAAAGAACAUACAUUCAUGAAUGUCUUAACUGUUCGUCUAUCGUCAAUAGUUGCAUUUUUUCGUGCAACAAUUCCAGCAUUUUCGAUGGACAUGAAUAGUAGCGAUCGUGCAUGGUUAGUGCGAACCAAUAUACACUAUCUUCUCCUAUUCUCUUCAUCGGAUGUGUUCAAUUCGAAUGAUAAUCUGGUACAUUUCGAUCCGAGAUUCGCAUGCCAUGCUGUGUACGCCCAUGUUUAUGGCCAAGACAUUCUUGUGCGUGCAGAGCAACUCAUACGAAAACUACAUCAUUUGAUUGGUCUCGAUCCAGCUAUUAGUAAACUUAUCCAAAUCAUUCUUUUUCUCAGUCCCUGCUUAGUUACAAAUUAUAAUUCAGAUUUUCAUUACCAACCAUCUGAGAAAACAAUCUAUCAUAUCAAUCAAGCACAAGAACAAUAUAUUCAUCUACUCUGGUCAUAUUUAGCUUAUCGUUACGGAGAAUUUGAAGGACAAAAACUACUGAUAAAUCUAAUUGGUCAAAUCAUGGAACAUCAAAACUUUGGCGCUGAUGCCGACCGACUUCUUCUCGAACGACAACCAUUUGCUAAUCUUGUCUAUACUAUGUUAACGACCUUUUCGCUCAAUUAA